AUGAGGUUGAGUUUCGCACUUUUAUUGCUUCUUGCAGACUAUGUGCUAGGCUCACCUGGUGAUAGGUUAAGCGAAUUUCAAGAUUGCAACGAUGCUUGUGAGCAUAGAAGGACGUAUUCUCAGUCUCAAGCUACUGGACUUGACAUUUCAGAAAACGAAUUCAGCCAUAUAGCAUUCAAACAGACCCCCAUCCUUUUACAAUGGCUGCUGUUCUGGGAUUACAGGGCUGACUGCGAUUAUCAAUGCCAGCAAAUUGUCACUCGUGACAGAAUUGUGAACAACAAAGAGAUACAUCAAUUUCAUGGAAAAUGGCCUUUCAUUAGACUUUUCGGAAUGCAGGAAUUCUUUUCCGUCAUAUUUAGUGUGGGGAAUUUUUUACCGCAUUAUUAUGGUUACCAAAAGCUCUUAAAAAGGUUGAACAUGCUUCAGUAUCGUGGCAAAGCAGAAACCAGUCCCAGCAAACUUUUAAAGAGCUACAUGUUGGUCGCAGUAGCCGGAAUGCUCGCCUGGUCUGCUAGCAGCAUCUUUCAUCUGAGAGAUCUUUUGAUUACAGAAAAGCUAGAUUAUUUUUUUGCAGGAGGGACAGUUCUCAGUGGGUUUCAUGCUAUUUUUACAAGAAUAGCAAGGUUAGACCGUCACCCUUUCCUUUCAAGACUUUUCACAUGGUCAGUGAUACUGAUUUUUGGAUUACACAUCUUGCGACUGUAUAUUGAUUGGUCCUACACCUACAACAUGAGAUUCAACGUGCUGUUUGGUUUGUUGCAAUACAUCUUACUGCUGUUGCUGGCAUUCAAUAAUUAUAAACUUUUGCAGAAGCAGCCUAAGAGCAAAAUAAGACCAAAUAUACCGUCCAGUAAAAACAUAAAACAAUUAUGUUUGAUGCCUGUCAUUCUUGUGCUAACAACAGCAUCAGGCAUGUCUUUCGAGCUUUUUGAUUUUUUUAAUUAUAGAUGGCAGAUCGAUUCGCAUGCAUUAUGGCACCUUUGCACCAUUUGGCCGUCUUGGGAACUCUACGAAUUCUUUAUUGCAGACUUUAAUUUUGUCACAAGGGAGGUUUCAAAUUAA